AUGUCCUCACAACCCCAAAACCAAACUUCACUGCCUCCAGGCGCUGCAGCAGUAUACGAUAUGAUCAUCGUAGGUGCCGGUGUCGUGGGCCCUGCACUAGCUCACGCCAUGGCACUACAGGGCCGCCGUGUAGCUCUCAUCGAGCGUGAUUUAAGAGAACCCAACCGCAUUGUGGGCGAGCUUCUACAACCGGCCGGUCUGCAUGCGCUAGAACGGCUCGGGCUGGCCAGUUGCGUGGAAGGUAUUGAUGCAAUCCCGGAGAUUGGAUACACCAUUUUCUACGAGGGCCAGUCAGUCAAGUUACCAUACCCGCCACGCGGGUACCCAAGCACAAGAGGCACACCUUCUGCAGCCAAUGCAGCAAUUGUGGAGAAACCAGGAACACCAUUACAAGAUAUCAUAAAAGUUAGAGAAAAUGGAGUAUCAUUCCAUCAUGGCAGGUUCAUUAUGAAUCUCAGAAAGGCAGCUGCUAAACAUACAGACUAUGUGGACGUCAUCGAGGCCACUGUCACUGCAACAAUCACUGAGGAAGAAGAGGUGGAGCCUCCAGAGCUGCUAGCAAAAAAGAGAAUCCAUCGUAGACUUGGACGCGUGGUUGGAGUACGCAUUAAACAAGCAGUUGGUGCAGACAAGUCAGUCACAGAAGAACGGACCCUAUUUGCGCCCAUCACCGUGAUUGCGGACGGCACCACGUCCAAGUUCCGCAAGGAGUACACGACCCGCUCGCCGGUUGUCAAGUCACAUUUUGUAGGGGUAGUUCUGGACAAUGCAGAGCUAGUUGCGCCGAACCAUGGUCACGUUUUACUUGGAACCAAGUUUGCACCUGUGCUUGUGUACCAGAUUGGAACCACAGAAACCCGUGCACUGUUUGAUAUCCAGGGGAAACUUCCAUCAAUUUCUAACGGCGACAUGGCCAAACAUCUUACGGAAAACGUGGUGCCAUACCUGCCGCAACAACUGCAACCAUCUAUGCGAGCAGCCAUUGAUAAGGGCCAGUUCCGCAGCAUGCCUAACCAGUUCUUACCUACAAGCCCACAACGUACACCAGGUGUCAUUGUACUGGGUGACGCAUGGAACAUGCGCCACCCACUCACAGGCGGUGGCAUGACUGUAGCUCUUAACGAUGUGGAUCUACUACGCACACUGUUACGCGACACGGCCGGCACACUGGAUUGGGCUGACUGGGACGCUGUACAAGCUCAAGUUUUAGAACCCUUUUACUGGCGCCGUAAGAACUUGGGAGCUGUGGUCAACAUUUUGGCUCAGGCCUUGUAUGCACUUUUUGCGGCAAACAGUGAGGAUCUUUAUGUACUACAGCGUGGGUGCUUCCGUUAUUUCGAGCGUGGCGGUGCGUGUGUUGCAGACCCAGUAUCGCUUCUGUCAGGUAUCUUGCCAAGGCCCUUGGUUUUAUUUAACCACUUUUUCGCCGUCGCAUUCUAUGCUAUCUACUGUAACUUUUGUGAUGCAGGUCUGGCUGGAUUCCCUGGAGCUCUUUUGCGGUCAAUUACGGUUUUGUAUACUGCUACGAUUGUCAUUUUGCCCUACAUUUUAGAAGAACUCAAGUGGUAUUAA